AUGAACACCGAAGGCAUACACAAUGUGUUUAAUGUGGUCGUAAAAAGCCUUGAGCUAAAAGGCUUUGUUGAGACGGACUUUAAGAGCAUAUAUCCACAAUAUCUUGAGUUAGCAAUUAGGCGAGUUGCGGGAGGGGAGGGAUUGGCCCAAGACUUAUACCCCUCUGCCCAAUGUGAAACCAGCAACAAAAAAACUGUAGUGAGAUGA